GCCUUCUGUUUCUGCUCUCCCUUAUCUCAUUUGCCUUUUCCUUCUCAGUGUUCUGCAGAGAAGGGAGAAGCCAACCAUGGUUUCCACUUCACUACCCUCUUUCAUUCAGAUCUCAUCCACAAAUUCCUCUUUCACUGAAAAACUCAGCAUCCCUCAAAACAAGUUUCAAAUUAGAAUAUCUACAAGACACACACACUCAAUUUCUUUGCCUUUUCCUUCUCUUCCUUCAUGCAAAGCACUUCAAAACUCAGUUCCUUUUGCUGCUUCACUUGCCAUUCUUCUUUGGUCAACCCCUGCAAAUGCUGGAUUCAUGUCUGGAAUUUCUGGUCUAGAGGCUGUUCCUGGUCCUCAGCUACCACAGAUUGACUUUCUCAAAAAUCUCAACGAUGAAAACCAGAAGAAAUAUGCAGAGAAUGAUGAAAGAAUUAAGUCUUCUCCUUUGCUGAAGAAACUGCUUGAGCAAUCCAAGUUGAAUAAAGAGAAGAACCGUAAAGAAAUUGAGAACAAGUACUGCAUAAGAGGAGCAGAAUGGGGAGUUGGAGAUUGUUCUACAGAGGGAAUGUCUCCAGCUGAGAGGGACAAAUUCAUAGCUAUGUUGAAGCAGAAGGCUGGAGUAGAGUAACAUGAUCAUACAGAGAAGAAAAGAUAAAUGAAAAAGGUUUCAUAUAUAAAUUAUAAACAUGUGUACAACUUUUAUCAUUUAGAAUUGUACAAGGUGAAGAAACAAUUAGGCCUAUUGCAGAUUUCAUAACUUGUUCUGAAUCCUUCCCACAUGAUUUAUUUAUGUGAAUUUUUCAGAAAGAAAAACUCAUACAUCUUCUUGAUUCCUACAUUAGAUGGUUUAAUAUGAUUUUCCUUUA